CCCGUUUGACAAGAUCAGGUCCACUACUCCACUAGUUGCGUGGCGGAAGUGUACAGUAGUAGACAGGGGCACAACUGUCUUCAGCCAUUGUGAGACUUGCCACAGGCUCAUGACACAAGACUACGGCCUCGACCAAGUCCACAUUUGAAGAUUCGGACUUCGAUUCUUCCGAUCUUUCAGCGACCGGUGUAGGACGACGGACAGGUCAUAAUGUAAGCAUUGCUCCAGUUACAAGCAUCAGCAGCAAGAAUUACCAUAUAAACCUAUAAAUCUGCUCUCCUCUACACGAGCAGAAUGAUGUGUUCAGCUUCACGCCAGAUUGGACUCCCCAAACACUGACGCAACAACAUGACUACAAAGCAAGCUGUCACGGGGACUAGAACGCAACUUAAUAACACGGAAUGGAUGGGAACGGGAUUGAGAUGAGCAGUACAUACCUUAUCACCUCAAUUGAAGAGGCGAGAUCGAAACAAAAUAGGAUUGAAGAAAUCGUCGCGGCUGCGAAAGAUAGCGAAGGAUGUGUAUCUCGUUCUGGGCGCUGGAUGAGCACCCGGGGUUCUGGCUGGUGCUGGCGGUCAACAGGGACGAGUUCCAUUCUCGGCCCACGCUCGCACUCCACUGCUGGGACGACGACGAAGAAGAGCCAGAGGGCGAUGGCCCGACGAGCUCGAGCAUCGUGGGCGGGAGAGAUGUGAGCGGCGGAGGGACGUGGCUGGGAAUGACGAAGAGCGGGCGGCUGGCGUUUCUGACGAACGUUCGGGAGGCGAAGUUCUUGACGGGCCGCGGCACCGAGCGCACGGACGUUACGAGCCGCGGGGCGCUGCCGACGCUCUUCCUCAGGAGCGCCAAGGGCCCUGCGGAUUACCUCGAGGAGGUGGCGCGGGCCGCCGACGACUACAACGGCUUCAACCUGAUCGUGGCCGACGUGCGCCGCCGCGAGAUGGCCUUCCUCUCGAAUCGACCCGAAGGAGCCAAGGCCGUCGUGCACUUGCUGCGCCCGGGCUUCCACUCGCUCAGCAAUGGCGGCAAGGACAGCAAGUGGUGGAAAAUGGAGAGGGGCAAGCGCAAGCUCGAGGCUGUUCUGUCCGCCCUCUCGUCGUCCUCGGCAUCUGCAUCUGCCGAGGAGGGCGACGAUCUUCCGAAUGAGCUGAUCGUCGAGCAGGUCCUGCACGAUCGGACCAAGCCCGACGAUGUGUCCGUGCAGACGGCGGAAACUGGAUGCACUGAGGCGAUGGAGCGUGACGUGGGCUCCAUAUUUGUGGAUACGGCUCUUUUCGACAGAGCUUAUGGCACUCGAAGCAUGUCUGUGAUUGGAAUCCGGACGGACGGAACCGUGUCUUUCUUCGAGAGGAGCUUGGAAGGUGGCGUUUGGAAGGACACAUUGCUUCGAUUUCCUCUCGAGGACUGUGCCUAGAGAUUCGCUUUCCUGUACAUAUCCAUUCACUCAUUGGUGAAAAGCGUUUGUGCUUGGGAAACAGCUCGUUCCCAUUCCAAAAAUUGUAAUUACAACGACUCUCUUAGGCUCGCUCGUCCAUCUCUUAGAGAUUUGCUUUUCUGUACAUGUCCAUUCAUUUAUCGAUGAAAAGCGUUUGAGCUUGGGAAACAACUCGUUCCCGGGCCAAAUUACAACAAUUCUUCCACGCUCCCUGUUUCAGCUUCUCGACGUUACGUCCUGUGAUUUUGAUGUUGCAAUCUGUUACGGAAGUUUUACACCAAGUUUUGGACAUAUCAGCAAUUUGGCUUCACUUUUUAUUGCUAGGACCUUGAACAAUCAUCAUCUUCAUCGCUGUGCAAUUAGAUUCGACUUGACAGUCAAAUCAUCUUUGACAGGUGGUUGGUCAUGAGCUAUUCAUGUGCACACAUGACUAGCUCAUACUUGUUUCUUUUAUGAAUGUUGACCGUCCUUUUGACACUAAUUUCGGGAUGUGAGAACGCGUCGAUUCAUACUCAUACUGUCUAAAAGGGUUUGAACCUCUCCUUCCAGAUUAGAGCUGCCGCCCAGAAACUGUACUAGGCACCUA